AUGGCUAUCCUCAAGAACAUCGCCAUUGUCGGUGCCACUGGCAACGUCGGCAGAUUCAUCACUUCCGAACUCCUCAAAUCCGGCCACCACACCCUAACCGCCAUCACCCGCGGCGCACCCGGUGCCGCUCCAACCCCGGAGGGAGUAAAGGCCGCCCAAACCGACUACUCACACGCGUCCCUCGUCUCCGCCCUCCGCGGCCAAGACGUCCUCAUCAUCACCUUAUCGGCCCGGGCACCCCGCGACACGCAAGCCAAACUCAUCCAGGCAGCUGCUGAGGCCGGUGUCCGUUACGUGGUUCCCAACGGCUGGGGCGGUGACGCCUCCCACGCCGCCUGGGCCGACAUAUUCCUGGGCAUUGAGCAACGCGCUGCCGAGCAGCUCGUCGAGACCCUGGGGUUGAAGUGGAUCGAGUUCGUCUCGGGAUUUUGGUACGAGUUCAGUCUCAUCGGCACCGCAGACCGAUAUGGCUUCGAUUUCAAGGAGCGAUCUGUCGUCCUCUUCGAUGACGGGAAGGCGAAGAUAAACACCACGACUUGGGAGCAGACUGGCCGUGCUGUUGCGGCUCUGUUCGAUCUUGACGAGAAAGUCAUCGAGGAGAGGUACAAGAAUAGGAACGUCUACAUUUCGUCCUUUUACGUCAGCCAGAGGGACAUGCUCGAGUCGGCACUCCGCGUCACCGACACCAAGGAGUCCGAUUGGAAGAUUACCUACGAACCCUCUGUUGAGCGGUUCGCCAGCGCUUUGGAGAAGGUCAAGGCUGGUGACAACACGGCGUUUACAAGGGCGCUGUACACGCGUUGGUUCUAUCCUGAGAAGCCAGACGCCGCGGCCAUGGCGUGGCAGGAGAAUCACAAGCUUGCCAACGAGGAGUUGGGGCUGCCCCAGGAGGAUUUGGAUGAGAGCACGAGGCGUGCCAUUGAGAAUCCGGCCAAGUUUCUGGGCACAUACGCUUAG